ACUUGGCCGUUUGCUCACCCAGGGCUUGAACGAGGAACUCCCUUCACUUUUCUCCUCUCCUGGUCAAAAUAUCAACAAAGAAAUCUGUCUGCAUUUCUCAUAAUUUUUGCUGCCAUGGCAACAUCUUAUCUUCUCUCUUCACCUUCAUCUCUUAAUUUUAUUCCCAAAACCCUAAAUUCAUCUUCUCUUCUUCCUCUCAAAAAUCACUCCUUUCUCUCACUUACUACAACACCCACAUCCCCAAAUCCUCAAAAAAGGCUCAUUUUUUGUCAAUCCAAGAAAAAUGAUGAAAUUGUUGAUGCCCCAGAUAGAUUAAUCUCAGCAAUUUGCUAUUUUUACCCCUUUUUUGAUGGUGUUCAAUAUGGAAAAUAUGUCAUUACCCAAUUUGCCCCUCUUCAACUCAUUAUUCAACCUUUAGUUCCAGCUAUAAGGGUGUUUAAAAGCUUCCCUUUUAAUGGGAUUUUGGUGUUUUUCACUCUUUAUUUUGUUGUUGUGAGGAACCCUAAUUUUAGUAAAUAUGUUAGGUUCAACACUAUGCAGGCAAUUGUUCUUGAUGUUUUGCUGAUUUUUCCUGAUCUUUUGGAGAGAAGUUUUAAUCCAAAAGAUGGGAUUGGUUUGGAUUUGUUGAUGAGUUUGGAUAGUACUGUAUUUUUGUUCUUGUUGGUGAGUUUGAUUUAUGGGUCAUCUUCUUGUGCUUUGGGUCAAGUUCCUAGAUUGCCUAUUGUUGCUGAAGCUGCUGAGAGGCAAGUUCUUUAAUAAACACAAUUCAUUUUGGUAAGAUUGGAUUUUUAAGUCUUUAUAUGCUUCCCUUGUUACAAAAUUGUAUCAAAUUAAUUAUAUACUUUGGAAUUGUUGAGUAGAAGGGUAGUUUUUGUGCUUCAGAACUUUUGGUGCACUGUACUCAAAUGAUAUUAUGAUAUAGAUGAAUAGAAUUUAGAAUGAUGAAUAUUCCUUUCAA